UCUCCCUCUUCAUUACCACGACAGCGAUGCGCAGCAAGGCCAGGACGCAGGGCAAUGCGGCAACGUCAGGGUCAGCGUCCCCUCUUGCCCGCACCGGCGCCCUCUCACUGCUCCAGGAGAUCCUCCUCACGCAACGCUACUUCGUCCCGCUAGCCAUCCUCGUCCUCCUCUUCGAUGCGGCCCUCACAGCCCUCGUCGUGCUGCGCAUCCCCUACACGGAGAUCGACUACUCGACGUACAUGCAGCAGGCUGCCUUGUUCCUCAAGGGCGAGCGGGACUACAAGAACAUCACGGGAGACACGGGGCCGUGCGUAUAUCCUGCGGGGCACCUCUACGUGUAUGCUCUGUUGCACAAGCUCACCAGAGCGGGGAAGGACCUAAGGCUAGGACAGUGGCUCUUUGCGGGGCUAUACCUCACGUGUCAGGCGGCAGUGGUAGAGGUCUAUCGCAAAGCUGGGGCCCCUUCCCUACUGCUGGCCUUCCUGCCCCUCUCGAAGCGACUCCACUCCAUCUUCGUGCUGCGCCUCUUCAACGACGGCGUCGCUAUGACCGUCAUGUGGGUCGCGAUUGCACUCGUUGCACACAAGAGGUAUAGCGCCGCGUGCGUCGUCGCGUCAUUAGCGCUGAGCAUCAAGAUGAAUAUAUUGCUGUUCGUGCCAGGACUGGCCGUGGUGGUGUACAGGGCGAAGGGAGGGGCGAGGGCGAUCGUGGAUGGACUCUUGAUCGUCGUUGUUCAGGCCCUAGUCUCGAUACCCUUCCUCACGUCCCCGCACCCCGGCGCUUACUUGCGGCAAGCCUUUGACCUCUCACGCCAAUUCCUCUACAAAUGGACGGUCAACCUGCGCUUCCUACCGGAGGACAUUUUCCUCUCUCGUACCACGGGUCUGAUCCUUCUGGCAGCACAUGCGCUUCUUCUCUUGGUCUUUGCUCUGAAUCGAUGGACAGGCAUCGGAGCGCAAGGACUCGACUGGAUUGCGAGAACGUGGACGAGAGGAGAAGAGAUGGACGCGCGAAGCGCCAUCGUCACGCUUCUCACCUCGAACCUCAUAGGCAUCCUUUGCGCUCGCUCGCUACACUAUCAGUUCUUCGCGUGGUAUGCGCAGAGCCUGCCAUUGCUCGUUUGGCAGAGCCACAUGCCCUGGUCAGCAAAGCUCCUCGUACCCCUCUCCAUCGAGAUAGCAUGGAACAUGUACCCCUCAACGAUAUCCUCUUCAGCGAGCCUCUGCGCAAGCAACGCCUUGCUGCUGCUAGGCCUGUACAGGAGCGGUGCAGCGCAGCUUUCGACAUCACAGUCGCGGCGUACGAAGACCCAGUAAUGCUAGUGAUGACGCUAAUAUUCAAUUCCAAUCGCUCUCCUCAUAC